AUGGAAAAAAAGAGGGAGGGAGUGAAAUUUUUAGUACCCGCCAGAUUUUUCCACGAUAUUUUAGCGUCAUUUUCUUAUACGUGGAGAACGUUCAUAUUGUUGGCUAAUUUUGCCACGGUUUCUGAAACCGUGGCUAAUGAGCACUUUUUUGGUAGUGACGUCCACUGUAGCGACCAUAAGGCCGCUAUAGCAGGACAGCUGCAACGACCAACUAGCCGCUACAGCGGCCGAUGGGGGGAAGAAUGCCCUGUUUUAAUCCCUCAAAUCCUACCGAUUAUUCCCAAGACCCCAAAGUCAGUUUUCAAGAGAGAAGUUAGUUUUCAAGAGAGAAAAAGGCAAAAUUCAUUCGAUUCUUUGGUGAAAGCAUCUUGGAGAACUUUGACCGUCAUGAGGCGCUUCGAAAAUAGAAGACUCGUGUGGAGUAGUUCAUGGCUCAUGUUCUGCAUUCCAGAUUGUGUUCCAGAGAUUUUAUCCAGAUUACAUCUCUAGCUUGAAGCUAGUUUGCUCGAUCAAAUCCGAGGGUGAGCGUCUAUCCAUGCCAUGGCACCUGAAGAUCUCUCUUUCCAGAUGUCUACUUUUAUUCCAGACAUUAAGUGUUAUUAUAUUUGAGAUAUGCUUCAAUUUUCAUUGUUAGUUGAGCCCUUGUACGAUGACUUUCAGAUCGUGGGGCUGUAAUAGUUAAGACUUCCGCAUAUUAUCUAUUAAUUUUUGACUUGUUUUA